CCAACCAGCUUGGCAGCUGUAUUCCUUGGCUGUGAUUGGGUGGAGGGCGGUGAUUCCUUCUGUCACGAUUUGGGUCGCUCCCACCGGAGGACACCGACCGUCUGAGUCCAGCCUUUUCCGAGGUGCUCUACGCAGGAGACGGUGCACACCGGGAGGAGAGAGGGUUUCUUCUCAGGGGCCGGACUGACAACUCCGUAUUUGCCGGCGUCGGUGGGGAGGAGAGGAGAGAAGGAGAGGAGAGAAGGAGGAUCAUCAGUGCUGGAGCGACCAGCCGCCUUUCUUCUGUCGGGGCUGCGGUAAAAGUCGUUCACGAUGCCGGUGUUUCACACCAAGACCAUCGAGAGUAUCCUGGAGCCGGUGGCCCAGCAGAUCUCCCACCUGGUCAUCAUGCACGAGGAGGGGGAGGUGGACGGUAAAGCCAUCCCGGAUCUGACGGUGCCGGUAGCCGCGGUGCAGGCGGCAGUCAGCAACCUUGUGCGGGUGGGGAAGGAAACGGUUCAAACAACAGAAGACCAGCUGAUGAAGAGAGACAUGCCUCCCGCUUUCAUUAAGGUGGAGAACUCCAGCUCCAAGCUCGUCCAGGCAGCUCAGAUGUUGAAGGCAGAUCCAUACUCUGUUCCUGCACGAGAUUACCUGAUCGACGGAUCCAGAGGGAUACUGUCUGGAACGUCCGACCUGCUCCUCACCUUCGACGAGGCAGAGGUGCGCAAGAUAAUCCGUGUGUGUAAAGGCAUCUUAGAGUAUCUGACAGUAGCCGAAGUGGUGGAGACCAUGGAGGACCUCAUCACUUACACCAAGAACCUCGGACCAGGGAUGACCAAAAUGUCAAAGAUGAUUGAGGAGAGGCAGCAGGAGCUGACGCACCAAGAGCACAGACAGAUGCUGGUCAACUCCAUGAACACUGUCAAGGAGCUGCUGCCCGUUCUCAUCUCAGCUAUAAAGAUCUUCGUCUCAACCAAGAGCAGCCGAGGCGCUGGCGUUGAGGAGGCGGAGAGGAACAGGAGGUUCACUUUUGAAAAGAUGAGCGCUGAAAUCAACGAGAUCAUAAGAGUCUUACAGCUCACCACGUGGGAUGAAGACGCCUGGGCCAACAAGAAGGAUAUGGAGGCUUUGAAGAGGUCUCUGGCUCUGAUUGAGUCGAAGAUGGCACAGGCCAAAAACUGGCUCCGAGACCCUCACGGACAGCCAGGAGACCCCGGCGAGGUGGCACUGCGGGUGAUCCUGGAUGAAGCUGGUAAGGUGGGGGAGCUGUGCACUGGGAAGGAGAGGAAAGACAUACUUGCAACCUCCAAGGCUCUGGGGCAAAUGACCGACCAGAUUGCGGAUCUACGGGCCAGAGGCCAGGGCCCGACCCCGGGGUGCAUGCAGCGAGCAGGCCAGUGCUCACAGGGCUUAGACUUGUUAUUUGGCAAAGUGGACAGCGCUGCGCGCAGGCUGGAGGCUCUAAUCAAUGCCAAGCAGGCCAUAGCCAGGAGGCUGGAUGCUGCACAGGCAUGGCUGGCUGAUCCCAACGGAGGUCCUGAGGGAGAGGAGAACAUCAGAGCGCUACUGGCAGAGGCCAAACGCAUUGCCGAUCUAUGUGAAGACCCCAAAGAGAGGGAUGACAUCCUGCGCUCCAUAAGCGAGAUCGCAGGGCUCGCCGCCAGGCUCAAGGAGCUACGCAGACAGGGUAAAGGGGACAGCCCGGAGGCCCGUGCACUGGCAAAGCAGAUCGGGGCGGCACUGUUGAACCUGCAGUCAAAAACUAACCGAGCAGUGGCCAACAUGAGACCGGCCAAGCCAGCCGUCACUCUGGAGGGGAAGAUGGAGCAGGCCCUCCGCUGGGUGAACAACCCUGGAGUGGACGACAGAGGAGUAGAGUGUGAGGUGCUUCAGUGGAACACAGGUCAGGCAGCAAUCAGAGGAAUGGUUGGGGAAGGGAGGAGGCUGGCGGCAGGCCUGUUAGGGCCGUACCGGCAGGACAUGGCCGGGCGCUGCGACCGAACAGAGGCUCUAAUGACAACCUUGGCAGACAUGGCGAGCCGGGGUGAGGCUGAGGCUCCUCACGCACGAGCAAUAGCAGCACAGCUGCAGGACACCCUUAAGGACCUGAGACAGCACAUGCAGGAGGUGAUGACCCAGGAGGUGUCUGAUGUUUUCAGCGACACCACCACCCCCAUCAAGCUGCUGGCCGUGGCAGCAACUGCUCCUCCAGAUGCACCAAACAGGCAGGAGGUGUUCGAGGAGCGCGCAGGGAACUUUGAGGCCCACGCAGGCCGUUUGGGGGCGACCGCAGAGAAAGCUGCUGCCGUGGGAACGGCCAAUAAGAGCACGGUGGAGGGCAUACAUGCUGCGGUGAAACAUGCCAGAGAGCUCACGCCACAGGUGACGUCCGCCGCUCGGAUCUUGUUGAAGAAUCCUGGGAACAAAGCGGCGUAUGAGCACUUUGACACCAUGAAGAACCAGUGGAUUGACAACGUGGAGAAACUCACCGGUCUGGUGGACGAGGCCAUCGACACCAAAUCCCUGUUAAAUGCUUCUGAGGAGGCGAUAAAGAAAGACAUCGACAAGUGCCGAGUUGCCAUGGCAAAUGUUCAGCCUCAGAUGCUUGUUGCCGGGGCGACGAGCAUAGCAAGACGAGCUAAUCGGGUUCUGCUAGUGGCUAAGAGGGAAAUGGAGAACUCCGAAGACCCGCGGUUCAGGGACACUGUGAAACGUGCCUCAGACAUCCUCUCACACACCAUCUCACCCAUGGUGAUGGAUGCCAAGGCAGUGGCUGGGAACAUACAAGAUAAAGGUCUGCAGAAAGCCUAUUUGGACUCGUGUAUGAGGAUCUUGGCUGCAGUUGGAAAGGUUCGAGAAGCCUUCCAACCUCAGGAGCCGGACUUCCCUCCUCCACCUCCUGACCUGGACCAGCUCCAUGUUAGUGAUGAACGGGCGCCGCCCAAGCCCCCCUUGCCUCAAGGUGAGCUGCCUCCACCAAGGCCUCCCCCUCCAGAGGAAAAGGAUGAGGAGUUCCCGGAGCAGAGGGCCGGGGAGGUGCUGAGCGAGCCCAUGAUGGUGGCAGCCAGGCAGCUGCACGACGAGGCACGCAAGUGGUCCAGCAAGCCUGAGGAUGAGGAGGCAGUAGAGGAGAGGGAGGUAGAUGAUGAAGAUGAGUUUACUGAUGGUGAGGAUGACUAUGAGCCAGAGCUGCUGAUGAUGCCCUCCAACCAGCCUGUCAAUCAACCCAUUCUGGCAGCUGCCCAGUCUCUCCACCAGGAGGCGCGCAAGUGGUCCAGCAAGGGUAACGACAUCAUCGCGGCGGCCAAGCGGAUGGCUCUGCUAAUGGCAGAAAUGUCUCGGCUGGUGCGUGGUGGAAGCGGGAACAAGCGGGCUCUGAUUCAGUGCGCCAAGGACAUCGCCAAGGCCUCGGACGAAGUGACGAGGCUGGCCAAAGAGGUGGCCAAGCAGUGCACCGACAGGCGCAUCAGAACCAACCUGCUGCAGGUGUGUGAGCGAAUCCCGACCAUCAGCACCCAGCUGAAGAUCCUCUCGACUGUCAAAGCCACCAUGCUGGGACGCACAAACAUCAGCGAAGAGGAGUCAGAGCAGGCCACGGAGAUGUUGGUCCACAACGCCCAGAAUCUGAUGCAGUCAGUGAAGGAGACGGUCAGAGAAGCAGAGGCGGCCUCCAUCAAGAUCCGCACAGACGCAGGAUUCACCCUCCGCUGGGUGCGCAAGACCCCCUGGUACCAAUAAACGUGACCCCCAGCCCCCUGAAGAUAGCAACACUCUCAACUCUGCAUCGACAGCACAAACCUCGGUUGAGAAGCAGCAGCGUGCGACUUCCAGAGGAUACUGCAGGAUUUUGAGCCAUUUCUCCGCUGUAGUUCAGUUGUGUGUGUGCACCCGGAAGCUUUAGACUUGGUACCGUGCAGGUUUCAUUUAUCGGAGUGAGUUCGGCUUUGCUCUCCAGUUCCCUUUAUCUGUAACUGUGGAAUCACGCAGGCUUAACGGAGACAGUUUUUUAAUAUAUAUUUUUGGUAUGUUGUGUUACAAGACUUUAUCCAAAUCCCAGGUAUAUAUAUUUUUUGCAUGGAGAUUUUUUCUAUUUUCUACGGGGGAAUUACGGCACUAAGAUACUUAUCUCCUAGAUGAAGUUUACUUUGCAUUCAGUGAGAGUUUCUUAUUGUCUAUUGUAUAUACAAUAUUUGUUUUAUGGAGAACACGCAGCCGUGCGCUUCAUUCACCGAGUCCGACACUAAAGUGUGGAGCCCUGUACGAGUCGACGAGCUCCCCGCUCUUCAUGUUUACUUUGAGUUCUAACGCUGUUCUUAACUAAAGAUCUGUCAAAGGUGAUGCAUUGCCGCCGCUGACCGGUGAUGUUUAUACUUGAAGAACUAAAAGGUCUUCUGGUUUAAAAGUGUAGUGGACACAAAUGAUACGUUUUAAAAGUUACUGUAUGGAUGUCGAUCAUAAGGCGGGAUUUUUUUUUUUUUUUUUGAUUGGAGGAAGGUAGAUGAGUAUGAGCAAUGUGUGUUUUCAGUUCUAUGUUUUCAUUUUAUUUAACGUGCACAGUGAAUAAUGCCAAAGGAUUUGUUUUACGUACAUGUCUCCUUCAUAAAAAAAAUAUAUCUUAAAGCUCAAAAUCCAGGUUACUACAAAUAAUGCAGACCGUUUUCUUUCCCUUGUGAGGUCUGUUAUUUUCUAGCUAAAGAGAUAAUGAAUGUUUUUUACUCCGCUUUGAGUUUUUACUUGUAGCGUUUUGUGUCUGCACUUCUCUGUAACAGUUGAGCUGUUGGGAUUUUUCUAAAAUGAUCAAAACCAAUGAUCUUAGACAAGCCUUCCAACAUCCAGGUUUUAGAUUUUUCUCCAUGUGUGAUCUCAGCAGUCUCCCCCUCUAAAGCGUUAUUUUAAAACUUUUUUUUUUAGACAGCCCCGGUGGUUUGAAAACAAAAAAAAAUGACAGCAGGCAUUGAUGCCAUGUCUUUUUUUUAGAUUUAUUAUUAAUUUUGUUUUUUUCAAAGUAGCGUCUUGUCUAGGAUCAACUCAACAUUACAUGCAAGUAGAUCAGCGAAUGCAUGUUUCAUUCCCUAAACAAUAGGUUUUUACAGUGGCUGGUUUCAAUUUAAAUGUUAAAUGGAGAAUCUGUAUGUGCGUGUGUCUGUGUGAAGUCUCUUCACUUUAACAGUAUUAGCGAGCCGUCCCCGUGGUGGUCAGGGUCAGAGCUCUGAAUAGCAGCACAGAAUGUUAACUGCAUUAUUGUUAUUUUUAUUUGGGCCUACUGAGCACGUAGCAGUCACUGACCCCUCACUGAGAGCGACAGGGUGUAGAUGCGUGUGUACUUGAUGUGUUCAUCCGCGCCCUGAAUGUAUUCUGAUAGCUUCGAGCCCUGCCAACACAUCUGCUGUGCCUUGGAAGAAUAAAAGUCUUUAAUGAUGA